UGUUCACUCCCCCAGGGUUUGCUACUUCCUCAGCCUGGCCAGUGCUCAAGACCCCCUCUCACACACAGACCCGCACACACUUCCCUCAGCACACGCUGCAGCUGUGAGAUGGCCAGGGCUGCUGUAUGGCUUUCUCUUCUCCUGCUGGAGUGCCCCCUGCUCCUGGAGUCUGCCAGGAUCCUAACAGUCUGUUUGAUCGGGGGCAGCCAUUACAUGCUGCUGGAUGAGAUCUCACACACGUUUCACGAGAGUGGGCACGAGGUCCGCAUGCUGCUUCAGACGGGCACUCCGGUCAUUAGAGGGUUGAACUACGAGGGGCGCCCUGACAGUUACCAGAUUACAUCAUGGUCUGCAAGUGAAGACUACAUCAAAGAAUACAAUGAGUGGUUUUUGGAACAACAGAAGGAGUUUCUUCAGGGCAGGGACAGCUUCAGCAUUUACCUGAAAUUCCUCGGCCACCUUGCCUACCAGUGUGAUAACAUUCUGGCGGACUCGGAGCUGAUGGGGUUCCUGAAGCAGGAGUCCUACGACAUUGUGCUGCUGGACGCUUUCAACCCCUGCUCCUUCCUGGUGGCGGAGUGGCUAGGCGUGCCGUACGUUGCCUUUUUCCCUGGAACCCUGAGCUUCCCUUCAAAUGGCCUCCCCAGACCCCUGUCCUACGUCCCCGUGUACCGCUCACAGCUGUCACACCACAUGGGCUUCUGGGACAGAGUGACCAACGUCCUGCUGUUCCUGGGUUCCCUGGCGGCAGAGAGGUUCACCCAGGCCCCGUUCCUGCAGGUCAUCGAGCGCCACUUCAACCCAGCCCAGACCUCCCUCCCGGAGCUCUACAGGAAGGCCGAGCUGUGGGCCUUCAACACCGACUUCUCUCUGGAGAUUCCCCAGCCGCUGAUGCCCAACACUGUCUGUGUGGGAGGGCUGCUGGCGAAGGCUCCCAAACCUGUUUCUCAGGACCUAGAAGACUUCAUCUCCAGGUUUCAGGAGGCUGGGUUCAUCGUGGUGACACUGGGCUCCAUGCUGUCGACUGUUCCCCAGGAGCAGCUUGUGCAGGAGAUGAAUGCGGGCUUCGCCGAGGUCCCUCAGGGCGUGAUAUGGAGGUUCAACCCCUCCCGCUGGCCGCAGCGCAUCCAGCCUGCGGCCAACAUCAAGCUGGUGGAGUGGCUGCCCCAGAACGACCUGCUGGGGCACCCCAAGGCUCGUCUGCUGGUGACGCACGGGGGUCAGAACAGCCUGAUGCAGGCGGUGUUCCACGCCGUGCCCGUGCUGGGAAUCCCUCUGUUCGGAGACCAGUUCGACAACAUGGUGAGGGCAGAGGAGAGGGGGCUGGGCCGAAGCCUGAGCCCCACCGAGCUGCGUGGGGCGCUCUUCGCCAGCACCAUGAAGAGCCUCAUAGGAGACAGCAGGUACAAGACAUCCGCCCAGGCCCUGAGCCGAAUCCACCGCUCCCACCCCCUGGCGCCGGGCCAGCGCCUGGUCCACUGGGUGGAGCACAUCCUGCAGUCCGGGGGAGGGGCUCACCUGCGUGCCCGCUCCCUGCUGCAGCCCUGGUACGAGCGCUGGCUGCUGGACGUCGCGCUGUUCCUGCUGGGCUCCGUGCUGCUGCUGCUGGGCCUGGGAGCCCGAGCCGUGCGCGCCGCGGCCAGGACACUGCAGCAGAGGGGCAAAGUCAAGCGCCACUGAGCACGCCCUCCUUGGACCCCUAAAAACACCAACACCAGACAAAGGAACAGACAGGACAGGUGUCUUCACAGGAGCAGCGCAGCUCCAAAACAGAAGAUCAAAGGGCAGCGGAGAGCUUCUGCAAAUGAUAGGUUCAUUCCACAUCUCUUCACAAAGCUGGAGACUGACACAGCCGUGCUUUUGACUUUGACCUUCCAAUCCAAAUGUGUUUUGGGGCAUUACCUAGUUGUCAGAGCAAACGUUGAUGCUGUGAAAAGUCUUAGCUGCUGGGUUCACUUCUUGUAUGCAAAGUUCUCCAUCAGUGACUGUUCCUUCCAACCAUCAACAAGCAGCACAUCUCACUUCAGGUAACUUGAGCUUUACUCCUGGGUACUCUCACAUGCAAACCAAUUUAAUCCGAAUCUGAUUUUACACUGCUCCUCUAUACUUUAUCUCUCAGCAGUGAUCGAUUUCUUCUUGAUUCACAGGCAAUUAAAGAACUUUAAUUAUUUAACCAAAUAAUUGGUGCUCAUCAAGCAGUUACUGGAAGAAAGACUUUAUAAAGGGCUCUCACUUUACUAGGCCUUUUCAAAAAUAUUUAACGUUUUGGGUUAAAGAAAAAAGUUAAUACAAGAAAGAACAUUAAAACGACAAAGACAUAAACAAGUUUAAAGGUUGUGGGUGUGUGUGUUUUUGGUCUCCAGACUUUUAAAUCUUCCCACAAAUAAAAAGGUUC